AUGACAUCUGGAGUAUACACCUUUUGUGUGAAUGGAGGAAUAUAUCAUAGAAUCGAUCAGUUAAUUCCAAGAGAUGGAAUACCUCGGUACUUACAGUUGUAUUUUUACGACGCUGAUUAUGAGAUGUCACAUAGACUCCAAAGGAAGAAUAUUGAUAAAGAAAUUGCUGGAAAGUUGAUUCGUGUUCUUGCUACAAACCCAUACGUGAAGACAUUUCGAAGACUUGCUGAUCUAGGGCCGCUUGACAAUUACAGAGUCACUUUAAAUGCAUCGGUAGAACUUGAUCAAAGGGUAUACAACCGACCAACCACAUCUGAGGUCGCUGGUAUUUGGGUUGAAGGUAACGACAACAUAGCCGCAUAUAAACGAAGUAUUAUCGUUUAUGGAAAAUCCGAGAAACCGCAAACAAUUCAAUCUUAUUGGGGAUGUUAUGAUCCAUUGUGUUAUCCUUUAUUUUUUCCUAACGGUGAGUCUGGAUGGAAUUCAAAAAUCCCAAGACAUGGAUUUUCCAUCAAUGAUAUUAUUAAUGACGACGAAGACAUCGGGGAUGAUUUAGAAGACUCUAAUACAAAAAAAGGGCGGAAUAUUGUAUCUAUGCGAGAGUACUACUGCUAUAAGUUUCAAAUUCGGCCAAAUUAUAAUGUAAUUUUGUUGGGAGGGAGAUUGCUACAACAGUUUGUAGUAGAUAUCUACAUCAAGCUUGAGACUUCACGUUUUGAUUUUUGUAGAAAAAACCAGUCCAAAAUAAGAGCAGAUUUAUACCAAGGUGUUGUGGAUUGUGUUAAUGCCGGUGAGGUUCGACCGACUAUGAUAGGGCAACGUGUCGUGUUUCCUGCAAGUUUCAUCGGAGAUAAUGGUAUAGAGGUGGACAUACGAGGCAAUAAGAUGGAUAACAGAUGGGUUGUCCCGUAUAACCCAAAGUUGUUAAUGAUGUUUAACUGCCAUAUGAAUGUUGAGGUCUGCUCGAGUAUAACCUCUGUGAAAUAUGUGUUUAAGUAUAUUUACAAGGGUCAUGACAAACAAGUUAUCAAUAUUGAUCCGGAUGGAGAACCAGUUGUUAUCAAUGAGAUAAAACGGUAUCAGGAUGCACGAUAUGUCUCACCUCCUGAGGAAAUAUGGAGGAUUUUUAGCUUCCCCCUUUCUCAGAUAUACCCUUGUGUGAUGGCUUUGCAGGUGCAUCUCCCAAAUCAACAGUUGGUUAGGUUCAGUGAGGAUGAUACACUGACUAGCGUUGUUGAAAAGGAGAGAGAUAAUAGAUCAAUGUUGACUGCGUUUUUUCUAAAAAAUAAAGAAGAUAUUCGUGCAAGAGAAUAUAAAUACAUAGAUUUUCCUAAAAAGUUUACGUGGGAUCCGAAGUCACGUCCUUGGAAUCAUCGAAAACUAGGAUUAAUGCGAGGUCGUUUGGUUUCUGCUAAUCCUGCUGAAGGGGAGCGAUACUACCUUCGCCUACUUUUAUUGCAUAUUAGUGGCCCUACGUGUUUUGAAGAUCUCUAUACGGUCAACAAUAUAAAAUACCCAACAUUUCGGAAAGCAGCUCUUGAAAGAGGCUUAAUAGAGUCCGAUGAUGAUUUGUCUCAAUGUCUUACAGAUGCAUCUUUGUUUCAAUUUCUCAAUGCUCUAAGAAGGUUGUUUGCAACGAUAUUGAGUUUUUGUGAGCCAGGAGAUGUUCGUAAGUUAUGGCAUGAGCACUACAAUGGUCUUUCAGAAGAUUAUAGGCGACAAUACGGAAGUGUUGAGAGAGUCCAGAAUAUGGUCCUCACUGAAAUCAUGGUAUUCCUACAAUCUAUGGGUGACCGUAUUGAUGAUUUUGAUCUUCCAAAAAUAAAUCAAAAUGUCGAUUUAGAAUUUGGAGUUUUUCGUGAGGUACAAGAAGAAUGCUCUAUUGUUUUAGAACCUGAACAUUUACAAGCCCGAGAUUCUCUCAAUCCCGAACAAAAGUUUGCGUAUGAUGAGAUCAUGCGGCAUGUCCAUAAUGAUAUUCCAGGAGUGUUCUUCAUAGACGGUCCUAGUGGAACAGGAAAAAUAUUUUUGUACAAAGCUUUACUUUCUAAUAUUCGUUCGUGUGGUCAUAUUGCACUCGCGACUGCUUCAUCUGGUGUUGCGGCUAAUAACAUGCCCGGGGGAAGAACAGCUCACUCUCGCUUUAAGAUUCCUUUCAAUCUUGAAAAUAACUCGGUCUGUAAGAUUUCAAGACAAAGUGGUACUGCACAACUACUUCGGACUGCAAAAGUAAUCAUUUAG